CCCACAUCUCCGGAAUGAAAAAAUGCUCUGGUAUAUCGUCUUGUAGAAUACAUUAACCGACUCAAAUACGAAAUGUUCUUAGAACAUGCUAUUAGGAGAAAAUGUUCAUUUACCAAAAAGACAAUAAUACCCUCGUUAGUCUACCUUCUCUUCUUCACGUCUGAUGAAAACCUCGCUUCCUCGUGAACUUUUCACUCCAGCUGCCAUAUUCCCUUUACCCGUCGACCCUUCUCCGAUCUCCUGACUAGCAGUAUAGCACCAUAGUCCGCCAUCGAUCGACACUCCUUCAGUCGCCGCCACACUCCGCCUCCCCCAUCCAUCGCAAAACGGCUUCUCCUCAAAGCUCGAUAACGUUAAUCAAAAGGAGCAAUCAUGGAUGUCGAUGCUCAACCAACAAUGGAGGAAACAGUUCUUGUUGGAGAUGAUCUGAUGUUAGGGCCACCAUCACCACUCAUUCCACCUGAAAUUGCUUCACAUGUUCUUGAAGGUGUUAAUUUGUGUGAUGGGAUUUUGAGAAACCUUUUUCUGUGUCUUCAAGUUAAUGAUAUAGAGCCAUUUUGUCAAGAAGAGAUUGCUUUGUAUCGAGAGUGUGCAGAAAAACGAGACAAGGAACUAAGAAAACGUCUUCAAGAGAGCGAGUAUAAAUUAGGGUUAUCAAUGCCUUUAGAUCAAGCAAAAGAAAGAGCUUCUCAACUAGAGUCUGAAACCACAACUUUAGAGAGGCGAUUGAUUCUUGCAAGUGGGAUGGAAGGUGCAGAAGGGUUUCGCCAAAGAUGGAGUUUACAUGGUCGUCUUACUGAUACAAAGAAAAGAAUGGAGGCAUUAAAGGAAGGACUUGAAAAUAGGAAAAAAGAUGAUGAACCAGUUGCAGUGAGUGUUAAAGGUUCAACAGGAGGAAAAAGAUGGUUUUUUUGGUGAAAAUAGGAAAGACCAUUAUUUAAUAUAUAUAGCUCUUUGAAAUGAGAUUAAGGCAACUAUAUUAUGUGUAGGACUUGAUUUUAGACAAAGUUGAUAGGCUAAACCUAAAUUAUUGGCAAUUUGAAGGACUAAACUUACCAAAUUCGGGAAAAAUGUAGGGUUAACUAGUUUUGGACCAAAAAUGUUAAGAAUGUAAUCAUUCUAAAUUCUUUUGAGAAGUUUUGUGAUUAGAAGGUGAAAUAGAAGCUACUAAGGAAUCAAAUGGAG